AUGCUGCAUCCGAAUUCCCGACCGUGCCUCCACAGCGCUCACGGCGUCAUUAAUGGCACACAGCUUUGCAUCGGACGGCCUUUCCGAGCUGUUGACACGCUGCUCAACAGCGGCUACACGUUCGUCAACAAUUGCCCGUGCGAUGUUGCCAAUGCGUCUCCCGGUUUCACUCUUGAUCUGACUAUCCUGAACUGUCAGAGCGGCGAUUUGCGUGACCAACGUGGCACGAGGCGACUUGAAAUUUUGGAGAGUGUCCGCGCAGCUGGCCCCGGCCCCGAUCCAGGGAGAGCGACAGUGUGGGAAAGAAGGGUCGAUUCAGGAUGUUGUACCUGUGGAACGCCCGAGCAUGAUGGAGGAGAUGUGGAGUAUCGAUACCUGGUUGCGUUUGACCUCAACUGGCCGGAGGUGCGCAGCACCCAGUCCGGCCCCGACCUAGUCUGA